AUGGAGCCCGCGCUACCGGAGAAGCCGGCCGUCGUUAUCAAGGCCGCGGGGGCGCGCAUGCUCAAGCGACUGGGUUCACAGAUCGAGUUUUGGGGGGACAGCGGUGAUGAGAGCGACUCCACACAGGUGUCAUGUGGCAUAAAAUACGAGAGGACUGAAACUAGGAGCUGUCGCGACGAUGACGUCGACUCCGACGAUGACAUCAUCGUGAUGGAGCUUCCGGUCGGAUUCCGUCUUCGAGAAUCUCCUCCAGAAAAGCUGGAUCGCGCAUUGAUCAAGCGUUGCGUGUUCUUGAGGCGUGGUAUGGGGUGGUUCUUGGGGCAGAUCAGCCGGGCAGCGCUCCCGCAAACUAGCCACACGUACGACUACCGUGUGGUAGUGGCGUACGAUCAAAGCUCCACCAGUCAGUGUGAAGAUGCCUCUAGAUGGAUGCAUACGAUGUAG